AUGGUGUCAUCGUUGCCUUCUUCUACCCCUGCGGCUGGAAAACUAUGGGGCGGCAGAUUCUCCGGCGCAACUGAUCCAUUGAUGGUCGCAUAUAACGAAUCGAUCUAUUUCGACCGGGCCUUCUACGCCCAAGAUAUUGCAGGCUCAAUCGCUUUUGCACGAGCGAAUGUUGCUACAGGCAUUCUUACUCAAGCUGAAUUUGAAGCGAUUGAGAAGGGCUUGACCCAGAUUCGUGAGGAAUGGGAAGGUGAUUCAUUUGUUAUCUCUCCUGGUGUUGACGAGGAUAUCCAUACCGCAAACGAGCGCAGAUUGGGCGAGAUAAUUGGGAAGGACAUUGCAGGAAAGUUACACACAGGCCGAAGCCGUAAUGAUCAGGUUGCGACGGAUUUAAGACUGUGGUUGAGAGACGAGCUACGAGCAAUUGAGUCGUGCUUGGUUGAGUUGAUAAAUGCUGUGGCUGAGCGCGCGGACGCCGACAUCGAAUACUUAAUGCCUGGAUAUACCCAUCUACAACGUGGCCAGCCAGUAAGAUGGAGCCAUUGGCUAUUAAGCUUUGGCACUGCAUUCAUGAACGACCUUGAUCGACUACGCGAGGUUAUCAAACGCGUCAAUCAGUGCCCCCUUGGUUGCGGUGCACUAUCAGGAAACGCAUUCAAAAUUGACCGUGAAGCUAUGGCUAAAGAACUGGGCUUUGAUGGAUUGAUCAUGAACAGCAUGUCUGCCGUUGGUGAUCGGGACUUUAUUCUCGAGGCUAUGCAGUGGGGCUCAACCCUCAUGCUACACAUUUCUCGUUGGAGUGAGGAUUUAAUUCUUUACAGCUCCACAGAGUUCUCUUUUGUGCGACUUUCGGACGCCUACACAACUGGCAGUUCUCUCAUGCCCCAGAAGAAGAACAGUGACUCGCUUGAACUACUCCGUGGCAAAUGUGGUAGAGUUUUUGGUGGGAUGGCUGGCCUCAUGAUGACUAUAAAAGGUAUACCGUCUACAUACAAUAAAGAUUUACAAGAAAGUGUCGAGCCUAUGAUUGAGCACGUCAAGACCGUCAAAGAUAGCCUACAAAUCGCCACCCGCGUGCUUCUAACCCUAACGACGUUUCCCGAUAAGAUGAUCGCAGCAUUGACACCUGAUAUGCUCGCUACCGAUUUAGCUGAGUAUCUUGUCCGCAAAGGUAUUCCAUUUAGAGAAACACACCACAUAGCAGGCCGUGCUGUUGCCCUGGCUGAAAAACAGCAGAAGCCUAUGGACCAGCUUUCUUUAGCUGAACUGAAAUCCGUAGAUGGACGAAUUGGUGAUGAUGUGCUUGAGGUCUUCAACUACGAACGAUCUGUCGAAAUGAAGGCUGCUAUCGGAGGCACAAGCAAACUCGCGGUACAGCAACAGAUCAAGACCUUACGACAGGCAUUAGGAUUGUAA